AUGAGCACACGACAGCAAGCUUCCACGGCACUCAAGCGACUCAUGACAGAGUACAAGCAGCUCACGGCAGGCGGCGGCAAGUCGGAUGAUAUGUAUGUCGCAGGUCCCGUGGCAGAAUCAGACUUCUUCACCUGGGAGUGCCUCGUCAAGGGACCCGACGAGACUCCCUUUGAGAACGGCAUCUUCGUGGCUACACUCACGUUCCCACGAGAUUAUCCUCUCAAUCCGCCCAAGAUGCGCUUCACGCCGCCCUUGUUCCAUCCCAACAGUACGCGCAUUCUUGCCCUCGCGCAUCGAUGUUGCCGCUCAUGGGUGUCCCUCAUCACAGUCUAUGCGAACGGGGAGGUCUGUAUCUCCAUUCUGCAUAGUCCCGGCGACGAUCCGAACCAGUACGAAUCAUCGAGCGAGCGAUGGUCGCCAGUCCAGUCUGUCGACAAGGUCUUGCUCAGCGUCGUUUCCAUGCUUGCAGAGCCCAACAUUGAAUCAGGAGCAAAUGUAGACGCAAGCAAGGCCUAUCGCACUGACCGAGCAGGUUAUGAGGCUUCUAUUCGUGCGUUUGUCAGACAACAACUGGGUGUACCGUCUAGUUAG